CUGGAAAGGCUGACGGGGAAUUUCAGGUCGAGGCUGUAAUCUUAUUUUCUGGUCAAGGUUUUGUGUGAUGAGCAGACAGGAAGCGAGUAGAGGUUUCUCUACCGGCAGAUGUGGCGGGGAACCCUUCUACUGAGUUUUUGCUUGGUGGCGGCGAAGUCCAGGUAUCACCAAACGCAACGCUCCAGGCAGACAUGGAACAAGAUCUCUCAACGUCCUCUGAUUCUGAAGAAUCUGUUGUCACUGACCGAGAGCUGCAGAAAGCAUUUACAAAAGGUUCAUUAAAGCCAGGUCUAAAUGUUGUGCUUGAGGGACGACCAAAGGCUUUCAAUAAUGUGGAUGGAUUGAGACAGUGUCUGUCUGAAUUCCAGAGACAUUUAGCCUGGGUAGAAAGGCUUGAUGUGACUUCUCAUCUGAAAACAAAUGUUGCUUCUAGUCACAUGCCUGACAAAGAUGCUGUUGACCCUGAGGAUGACUUCAAGAGAGAGAUGAGUUUUUAUCAUCAGGCUCAAGCAUCUGUGCUGGAAGCAUUACCUCGGUUACAUCAGCUCAAAAUCCCUACUAGACGGCCUGAUGACUAUUUUGCAGAGAUGGCAAAAUCUGACCAACAGAUGCAGAAGAUUCGUCAAAAGCUGAAGAGCAAACAAGAAGCCAUGGAGAAGUCUGAAAGGGCCAAACAGCUCCGUGCUCUGAGGAAAUAUGGCAAAAAGGUACAAACUGAAGUGCUGCAGAAGAGGCAAAAGGAGAAGUCUACGAUGUUGCAUGCCGUCAAGAAAUAUCAGAAAGGUCUCUCAGACAAGCUGGAAUUCCUGGAGGGAGAACAGUCAGCAUCUUCUCAGGGCAAGAAGAAAGAGGGGACUGGAGGCCAGCUGAUAAAGAAAGGACCAAAUGCCAAACGUCGCUACAAGAAUCAGAAAUUUGGUUUUGGUGGUAAAAAGAAAGGCUCCAAGUGGAACACUCGAGAAAGUCACAAUGAUGUGUCCAGCUUUCGUGCUAGUGUAGCCCACUCUAAGGGCUCCAGGAAAGCAGGAAAAAAGGGUGCUAAUAAGAGGCCUGGCAAAAAGGUGAGGCAAAAGAUGAAGAACCGCUCUCGAUAGAGAAAGAAACGGGUGAAUUUUUUUCUUUGUAAUGUUUGGCAUUCUUCAAGAACUAGUUAUGAAAAUGGUAGAUGCGACUGUCUGAUAUUGAGACUUGCACAUUUGUACAUGAUGCAGUCACUGGUUGUUCUCUGCUGCCUCUUCUACACUUGUUUUUCCUUUUGUGAGACUGAGGAAUUAAACAGUUUUGAAAAAAAAAUUGUCUGCUUU